GCUUUGCAGGCGCGUACACCCUCCGCAGUCACUCCGCUAGUCUUUAUCAUGUAUGACAGCCAUGCUCCGCAGCUUUUCCUGUCUAUAUUCCUUUUCUGUUUCGGAGUGAAGGCGAUGACUGGUAAGUACCAUGUAACACCUGCUUUGUAGAUACUUUGUAACUGUUAAUCAUUGUUUUGCCAGGGAGCUUGUAGCGGUUGUCUGAUAUCUCUCUCUCUCUCUCUCUCUUCGCUAUCUUCCUUCUCUCCAAAUUAUUUUCAAUUAAAGGGGCUUAUUGGCAUGGGGAGGAAGCUCUCUCGUCUCUCUAGCUCUCUAUCUAUCGGGAUGAUUGAGAGAGAGGGCGAGAGAGAGCGAGAGAGCGAGAGAGAGAGAGAUGGAGAGGGGGGUGAGAGAGAGAGAGGAGCGAGAGAGGGGGAGAGAGCGCGGAGAGAGAGAAGAGAGAGAGAGAGAGCUUUGAGAUCUCUCAAUCUCUUUUUCUCUCUUCUCUCUCUCUCUCUCUCUCUCUCUCUCUCUCUCUCUCUCUCUUCUCUUUCUCUCCCUUCUCUUUCUCUCCCUCUCUCUCAAGAUCUUCUGUCCAACUCAUUCACUGUAUUAACUCCAGUUGUGUUGCUUUGCCAGAGUAAUAACUUUGCACAGCUUUGGUUGUGUUUUCUCCUCCGUUUUCCAGCGCCCGCUCACAACGAAGUUACGCACAAUUGGAGAGUUGAAUAAGUGACUAGAAUAAGAUCAAUAAUGACUUGCAUGCCGCUUCAGACCCCAAAUAGACCUUAUUUAAUGACCAGGACAUAGUACAAUUUUCCUCAUUUGUUGUGAAAUAGGCUGCUAUGACAUUGAAUUACUAGCCUACAUCACACCACAGACAACUCAAGGCAACUUGGCAAUAUUAAAACAAUAGCAUAUUGUUUUCAAACAGACCUUGGCACAGAAAGCUUUGAAAGUUACACUCAAUGUUGAAUGAGUUAUUCCCUUCUCCUUUCCCAUAGAUCACUCCAGUUAUGACACAGACUUAGUGGACAUGGUGGUCCCCGUGGAGCUCUCUGGAGAGGAGGCUCACCUGUUGCAGGACUCAUCCAGGCGCAGCGCGCGUCGGCGUGCCCAGCGCUCUGUCGAUUCCCGGGGUGGACUAAACUCUGUGGGGAACACGUUAUUUUUCUCUUUACCUGCUUUUGGAAAAGACUUGUACUUACACCUGAAAAGGGAUGUCGCUUUUCUGUCUGAGGGGUUUGUGGUCGAGGAGAGGGGAGGCGAAACAGACCCCCCUAAAUGGUCGCGCCUUGCCAGAGACCAGCUCUGCUUCUACUCGGGAUGGAUUGUCAACCACACCGACUCUUUUGCGUCACUCAACACCUGCAGCGGUCUGGUAAAUUACUUCUCCUUCACCUUGCAUUGUAUUCUGGGAAGUGUCAAGUGUUCAGGAAUUCACACACACACACGCACACACACCCUGUUUGAACUGAAUGUAGUGGUUGUGAUUAGACAAUUAACAGCUAGACAUUGUGUUCCUCUCUGUCUCUCUCACAUGUUUAGAUAGACUCCAUGUUGGCGUGACUGAGUUGAGCUGUGUGUGUGUGUUUGUGUGUUUGGGCUGCUUCAUUGUCUAGUGUGUGUGUGUGUGCGCGCAUGCAUCCGUGCGUUUGUCUGUGUGCCUGUGUGUGUGUGUGUGCAUGUGUGUGUGUGUGUGUGUGUGCAUGUGUGUGUGUGUGUGUGCAUGUGUGUGUGUGUGUGUGUGUGUGUGUGGACUGCGCCUGGAACUGUUCUCUGUUCCCUGUCACAGUUUCUACUUAUGACUGUCCCUUCCAUUCAUACCACUACCCUGAACUACACACACCAUAAUAACUACCCUGAACUACACACACCAUAAUAACUACCCUGAACUACACACACCAUAAUAACUACCCUGAACUACACACACCAUAAUAACUACCCUGAACUACACACACCAUAAUAACUACCCUGAACUAUACACACCAUAAUAACUACCCUGAACUACACACACCAUAAUAACUACCCUGAACUACACACACCAUAAUAACUACCCUGAACUACACACACCAUAAUAACUACCCUGAACUACACACACCAUAAUAACUACCCUGAACUACACACACCAUAAUAACUACCCUGAACUACACACACCAUAAUAACUACCCUGAACUACACACACCAUAAUAACUACCCUGAACUACACACACCAUAAUAACUACCCCGAACUACACACACCAUAAUAACUACCCUGAACUACACACACCAUAACAACUACCCUGAACUACACACACCAUAUUAUGUCAUUGACAGUAGAAUACGAUCGGAUGGCUCCAAACCCACAUGAGCAUAUGAGUUAAAGUAAAAAGAAUUGGAAAAAUGGCAUGAUCCUUUUCUUGGCAUUUCAUGCAUUCUAAGCUCAAUAGGCCUGGCAGCUUUUUUUCUCUCCCCAGGCCUGUGUAGGAUAUUAUUAUCUGGAAAAUGAGGUCAUGAUUGUUUAAAUGUUAUAUCCAUUUGUGGAGGGAGAGAAGUGGGUCAGGAUAGCUGACACCUACAGUCGUAUUUCAGGACGAAGGCUGAUUUAAGGUGUGUGUGUGCACAUAUAUGCACGUGUGUGCCAGCACACGCACGCACACACACACACCACACACACACACACACACACACACACACACACACACACACACACACACACACACACACACACACACACACACACACACACACACACACACACACACACUAUGUCAGAGAGACACUAUGCAGGCCAUCCUUUUGUUCAUUUAGUUGUUCAUUUUCACUCAGUAGGUCAAAUGCAAGGUAAGAAUGCGCUGCAGAAUGCUGUGGUAGCCAUGCUGGUUGAGUGUGCCUUGAAUUCUAAAUAAAUCACAGACAGUGUCACCAGCAAAGCACCCCCACACCAUCACACCUCCUCCUCCAUGCUUCAUGGUGGGAACCACACAUGCGGAGAGCAUCCGUUCACCUACGGCGGUUGGAACCAAAAACCUCACAGUCUAAUGUCCAUUGCACGUGUUUCUUGGCCCAAGCAAGUCUCUUCUUAUUAUUGGUGUCCUUUAGUAGUGGUUUAUUUGCAGCAAUUCGACCAUGAGGGCCUGGUUCACACAGUCUCCUCUGAAGAGUUGAUGUUGAAAUGUGUCUGUUACUUGAACUCUGUGAAGCAGUUAUUUGGGCUGCAAUCUGAGGUGCUGUUAACUCUAAUGAACUUAUCCUCUGCAGCAGAGGUAACUCCGGGUCUUCCUUUCCUGGCACACCUGUUAAUUGAAAUGCAUUCUAAUUGACUACCUCAUGAAGCUGGUUGAGAGAAUGCCAAUAGUGUGCAAAGCUGUCAUCAAGGCAAAGGGUGGCUACUUUAAAGAAUCUCAAAUCUAAAAUAUAUUUUGAUUUGUUUAACACUUCUUUGGUGACUAUAUGAUUCCAGAUGUGUUAUUUUAUAGUUUUGAUGUCUUCACUAUUAUUCUACAACGUAGAAAAUAGUAAAAAAUAAAGAAAAACCCUUGAAUGAGUAGGUGUGUCCAAACCUUUCACUGGUACUGUAUAUGAAAACCCUCGUUUUGUACAGUGGCACUUCAAGACAGUUUUAUUUGUGUUGUUAAAUCAUUGGGUUGUUUUUGGCUGGAGUUCAGUUCAGGUCAAAACCCUGACACCGUGCCUAGUGGAGAGACCAGUCCCACUAGUGUGUGUGUGUGUGUGUGUGUGUGUGUGUGUGUGUGUGUGUGUGUGUGUGUGUGUGUGUGUGUGCCCACGUGUUCUCCCUGUGUUAGUGUCAGUAGGCUAGUUGAGGGGAGAAGACACAGAACAGACUGAGCCCUAAUAGUUAUCUUCCCUGGAUACCUCUCUCUGUCUGUGGCCAGGUCACUGGAAGUAUCCCUUUACCUAGCCUUGUAGCCUUGGAAGUGUGUGUGUGUGUGUGUGUGUCUGUCAGUCAGUGUAUAGGACCCUAUACAGUACAAGACACAGUACAUCAGUGUCCUGGAGCGAACAGCAGCAUUAUAACUACCAUCACCAGACAACAACUUCAUACACUAUAAUGGGCUCUAGAGAUUUCACUAUAAUGGGCUCUAGAGAUUUCACUAUAAUGGGUUCUAGAGAUUUCACUGGUCAGGCCAUGUGGUGUGGAAAAACACGAUUGAUAUACCAGCCUUUAAGUGAGGGGAGAUAUGAAAUGUAUUCUGCUGUGCUGCAACAGCAUUCUUUACCCUGAGGCUUAGCUUGGAGCUAGGGCCCGGUGGAUGUCUUUGCUGUAUUAGCCUGCUGUGGCUACAGUAUGUUGUAACACACUUAGCAUGGUGUUCUAUUUUACCCUGAAAUACCAGCCGUUAUUCACUUAACCCUGCCUCACACUGGAAGCUCUGUGGCUGGCCGCAUGCAGGCUCUGCUCUCACAUUGUGUCGUGUUGUGAAUGUGGCCAAGUGAACAGCCUGUUUAAGUCUCGGUCUGUCUGUCCGUCUGUCUCUCUCUCUUUCCCUCUCUUUCCUUCACUGUGUACAUAACCGUGAUUGUUGAAUGGACAAUGAAUCAUCGGCGUCUCCUUUUAAAAAAAACCUUGGGCUUAUUCUGACCGAGAAGAAGACAACAUUAUCCCGCCAACACUAGUUGCCAUGGAAACGGCUCAUAGGUUCUGUAAUUGCUGCCGCUGGGCUUUUGGAAUACCUUUAAGACACUGUGUGGAUCUGGAUUGCUUGUUAAUGCCAUGUCAACUCAUUUUUUCUAGCUCUGCCCGGCGCACCUUCACAAUACAACGAUGGAUCCUUAGUGAAGCCUUACAAAACCUUACAGCUGUCCUCUUCUAGUUUUCCUUUUAUGAUUCAUGUUGUAGGGAGUGUCUGUCUGUACCUGUCAGAGAGGAUGAAAGAGUGAGGUUUAUGGUCCUCUUUCUCUCUCUCUUCUCUCCCCUUCUAAACAAGGACGAAAGGAGGGACGGAGGGAGAGAAGAAGACAAGAGAGCGAGAGAGGCGAAGAAGAGAACUGCAGGGAAGGAGGGAGAAAGAGACGAGAGAGUAGAGAGGAGAGGAGAGAGCGAGCAGAGAGCGAGAGAGCGAGAGAGAGCGACGCGCAAGACGAUAGAGAGAGAGAGAGAGAGAAGAGAGCCGGAGGGAGAGCAGCAAACGCAAACUCUGCUUCCUUCUCUCUCUCUCUCUCUCUCUCUCUCUCUCUCUCUCUCUCUCUUCUCUCCCCCUCUCUCUCAGCACUCCUUCAUGCUUCUUCUCCCUAGCCCUGAGGAGGUGUGUGCUGAGAUGUAAAUUAGAGAGUUUGCGCUGACUCUUCUUCUCUCAGUCUGUUCUCUGGGAGUUCUCUGCCAUUACUUGCUAUUUGGCCUAUUUGGCACAUUUGGCAAUGCACCCUACACAAGGAGCUGUUAUGUCAAACCUUACACUCUUUAUACAGUAUGACAUUUACGUAUGGUUUGUGAAGCAUCUGAUGCUGAUGAAGACAUUGUUUAUGCUAUAUAAUGCCUUUAUACACAGGGCUGGUCCGUGCUGUUCUGCCGCCCUAGGCGAGACCAAAAAAUGCCCCCCCAAAACUAGAAUAGUCCCAGUUAGCGAAAUUAAGUUGAAAAGACGUGUAAAAUACGUAUUUUCCAGACGUUGGAAGUUAGGUUCAAUUUAGGUUCUGAAUGAAAGGUGAAAAGAUGCAUGUUUCGUACGUUUAAAAUACAUAUUUUCCAGGACAUUGAAAAGGCAUCUUUUCCGGACGUUGAAAAAUACGUAUUUCUUCCAGGACGUUGAAAUCAGAUUCAUUUUCGGUUCUGAAUGAAAGUUAAAAAUACGUAAUUUCUAGAUGGACACGAUUGGUUCAAAUUUGGUCCGGACUGCACCGAAAAAGACAUCCAAAAGGCAUCGGCAUUGGUCUGAGGUGUAGCCUACAGUGUUGCCUGAAAUUGAAUGUUUUGAAUGCCUAUCUAUGUGGUAAGCCUACCGUUUGUAAAACACCAAAAAAAGACGUAGGGUCCGGACCGGACCAAAACAAGACAUCCGAAAGACGUUGGCUCGUGCUUACUGGGGUGUAGCCUACCAUGUCGCCAGCAAUGGAAUGUUAUGAAUGCCCAUCCAUGUGGUAAGCCACCAUUUGUAUAACAGGCCGUUGCAUUGGCUUUACUGGUCCUGAUUCCUGUGACUAAUGAAUUUGGCGAUUUAAGCUCUGAAUAUCAGCUACCCAACUUUAUCAGGAGUUAUCAUGAGCAUUUUUGCAAUGUGUAUACACAGCAAUAAUUCAGAAGUGUUUUAAUUUUUCAUUAUGAUUACCUUGUCAGAAAUUGACUGAUACAAACUUGAAACCACUGAUCAUGACAAUGGGGUAUAACUCCUGGACAACCAUUGUGAUUGUCCAUUCCAUAAUGUCCAUUUUACUUUGACCUGUCCUGUUUUUAGGGUAUUUUGUUUGUUAACAUGAUAGCGCAUUUUUUAUUUGAUUGGGCGCCAUUUAGGUUAGGCUAUUUGAUCGGAGAAACCUGCAUGACGUAAAAACAGUCUGCCUCAUUACAUUGUCAUACAUGUUAUCUCCAGGCUGUAGGCUACAGAAAAGGCCACAUCCUCUUUCUACCAUAUCCUAUAUCUGCUACAUGAUUUAUGUUAGAUGAUUUUUUUGACUGAACGUUGGUGGAGCGCUGCAGAGAUGCAUCUCUCCAACAGCACCCUGGAGAAGCGCUGGGAAUGGACAAGCAAAAUACUUUGACAAAGUGGGCAUUGUUUGUCACAGGCCGGCAUCAGUGCUCACAUAAAAAGGCCAUUUGCCACUGUUUGAGAGAAAUUGUCAUUGUUUUUGGGCAGAAUUACAGUGCAUUCGGAAAGUAUUCAGACCCCUUGACUCUUUCCACAUUUUGUUACAUUUCAGCCUUAUUCUAAAAUUGAUUAAAUUAUUUUUUCCCCUCAUCAAUACCCCAUAAUGACAAAGUGAAAACAGGUUUUUAGAAAUUGUUUGCAAAAAAACAGAAAUACCUUCUUUACAUAAAUAUUCAGACCCUUUGCCAUGAGUUUCCAUUGAUUCCAUUGAUGUUUCCAUUGAUCAUCCUUGAGAUGUUUCUACAACUUGAUUGGAGUCCACCUGUGGUAAAUUCAAUUGAUUGUGCAUGUCAGAGCAAAAACCAAGCCAUGAGGUCGAAGGAAUUGUCCGUAGAGCUCCGAGACAGGAUUGUGUCGAGGCACAGAUCUGGGGAAGGGUGGCAAAACAUUUCUGCAGGAUUGAAGGUCCCCAAGAACACAGUGUUCUCCAUCAUUAUUAAAUGGAAGAAGUUUGGAACCACCAAGACUCUUCCUAGAGCUGGCCACCAGGCCAAACUGAGCAAUCAGGGGAGUAGGGCCUUGGUCAGGGAGGUGACCAAGAACCCGAUGGUCACUCUGACAGAGCUCCAGAGUUCCUCUGUGGAGAUGGGAGAACCUUCCAGAAGGACAACCAUCUCUGCAGCACUCCACCAAUCAGGCCUUUAUGGUAUAGUGGCCAGACGGAAGCCACUCCUCAGUAAAAGGCACAUGACAGCCCGCUUGAAGUUUGCCAAAAGGCACCUAAAGACUCUCAGACCAUGAGAAACAAGAUUCUCUGGUCUGAUGAAACCAAGAUUGAACUCUUUGGCCUGAAUGCCAAGCGUCACGUCUGGAGGAAACCAGGCACCAUCCCUACGGUGAAGCAUGGUGGUGGCAGCAUUAUGCUGUGAGAAUGUUUUUCAGCAGGAGGCACUAGGAGAUAAGUCAGGAUCGAGGGAAAGAUUAACGGAGCAAAGUACAGAGAGAUCCUUGAUGAAAACCUGCUCAGGACCUCAGACUGGGGCGAAGGUUCACCUUCCAACAGGACAACGACCCUAAGCAUACAGCCAAGACAACGCAGGAGUGGCUUCGGGACAAGUCUCUGAAUGUCCUUGAGUGGCCCACUUGAACCCGAUCUAACAUCUCUGGAGAGACCUGAAAAUAGCUGUGCAGCGAUGUUCCCCAUCCAACCUGACAGAGCUUGAGGAUCUGCAGAGAAUAAUAAUAAUAAUAAUAAUAUGCCAUUUAGCAGAUGCUUUUAUCCAAAGCGACUUACAGUCAUGCGUGCAUACAUUUUUGUGUAUGGGUGGUCCCAGGGAUCGAACCCACUACCCUGGCGUUACAAGCGCCGUGCUCUACCAGCUGAGCUACAGAGGACCGCAUGGGAGAAACUCCCCAAAUACAGGUGUGCAGAGCUUGUAGCGUCAUACUCAAGAAGACUUGAGGCUGUAAUCGCUGCCAAAGGUGCUUCAACAAAGUACUGAGUAAAGGGUCUGAAUACUUAUGUAAAUGUCAUAUUUCAGUGUUUUAUUUUUAAUAAAUUUGCAGAACAUGUAAAAAAAAAAAAAUUUGCUUUGUCAUUAUGGGGUAUUGUGUGUAGAUUGAUGAGGGGGUUAAAAAACAAUUUAAUCCACUUUAGAAUAAGGCUGUAACGUAACAAAAUGUGGAAAAGGUCAAGGGUUCUGAAUACUUUCCGAAUGCACUGUAAGUGAGUUUCUAUGUGUUGUUGGAGGUGGGUCUUGGUCAGUUUAGCUCAGAAAAUGCCGCCCUCGUCAAUCUGCCGCCAUAAGCGUCCGCCUAAUCCUGCCUAAUGAGCGGGCCUGCCGUGUUUAUACGUUGCAGUUUAUUCAAGUUGCACCGGCCUACCUCACUGGAGGCUUUGGGUUAGACUAUAAGGUAUUUGCAUGGUGUGGGCCAUUGGCUGGGUUGUGGUUGGGGUUGAGGAUGGGGGUAUAGAGGUGGGGCUUGAGGCAGCUCUGGUCGGGGAAAGGGGAGGUGGCAUGAUGCAAACAACUAUCUGGGAUCUCGUGAGAGAAAACCAAGAGAUAUGUUAAAAGCUGAUCUACCCUAAAAACACAAGGGGAGUAUGAAGGUUAACGGCUGCUCUGUUGUUCUUUUGCUCUCUCGCUCUCUCGUUCUCUCUCUUUCUCUCUGUCUGUCUCACUCUCUCUUCAGACUGGACUGGUCUAUACAGGAGAGGACAGUCUCUUCAUCCAGCCGGUCAGUGUGGUCAGCGGUCCUGCCGACUCCUUCUCCGGGCAGCAGCACAGGGUGGUCCGACACCGACGCUCAGCCAAGACCAGCCCUACUUCUGCCCCUCCCACUGGACCCACGGCUGCAGACAAGCAGCCCAAGUACUGCGGCACCAUUCCA